GUGUCGGAUCACCUACUUCCUGUUUCAUGAGGCAGAAAGGCUUUUGUGCAUUUUAGAUUAUGACAAAAGAAACCGGCCAAUAAGUUGUAAUAUCUUGGGAUAGCUACUCACUGUACUGCAGUAUGAACAUCGGAACGUUAUUCAGGAUAAAUUCAAUCCUUCACGAUGGCGGAUUCUCAUACAGGGCCAGGCACAAAGGUGAAACCGCAAUCUUCUUGGCACAGUUUCCAACCACAUUGGCAGCAUGAUUGGAUUGAACUCCCCAUACCCCUAGAGCUCAGAGCAGAGACAUCAAGCUCAGAUGAUCAACCCAGUGCCUUUAUGCUCUCUUUACCUCAACAGCAGCUUCAGAGGCCAAAAGCAGGGCCAGGCACAAAGGUGAAACCGCAAUCUUCUUGGCACAGUUUCCAACCACAUUGGCAGCAUGAUUGGAUUGAACUCCCCAUACCCCUAGCAUGGCAGAAGAUGGUAUUUCAGUAUAAGAAGUCAGUCGACUGGCAUGAGAAUGAGAGGAGUUUCCUCUAUUGUGAACAAGUCUCGUUGGCUGCCCUGUACAGUGAACCUGUGAUCAUUAAGAAAAAUAAAAAAGGCAGUUUUCUGAAUAUCAGUGUGGAGGAGUUGUUUAGGUUACACAUUCCAACAACUAUCAUUCUCCAAGGAAAUUCUGGUAGUGGAAAAUCUUUCAUAGCACAAAAGAUUAUGUUGGACUGGGCAUCUGAAAAACAUUACCUUAAAGACUUUGAUCUAGCUUUCUAUCUGAGGUACGAAGAGGUGAAGUGUAUUUCUGAAGAGAUGAACUUGAUUGAGCUCCUGGGCUGGAAUUGCAGUUUAUCGUCAGAUCAGAUCUCACAGAUGUUACAGAACUCAGCACAGAGAGUGCUCAUCAUCAUUGAUGGACUUGAUGAUCUGGAUGACCUUAGAUUCAUGUGUCAUGAAUUUUGCAUAUCAUCUCAAUUCCAGAGAGCCUCACCUGAGGUCAUUGUUUUUUCCUUGGUUCGUAAACAAAUCCUGCCCAGAUCUUUCCUGCUCAUCACUACUAGAACUGAGCACCCACAGAGUGUGUUGCUUAUAGGACAACAGCGUUUCUUUAAGAUUGUAGGUUUCUGUGAGAAAGGGGUGGAGGAGUACUUCCAGAAGUUCUUUCAGGAUGAGGAACUCUUCAGGAAAGCUUUCAAGUAUGUGAAGGCAAAUGAAUCCCUCUUUACCAUCUGCUCCAUCCCUGUUAUCUGCUGGAUCAUCUGCACGGUUAUGCAAGAGAGGUUCAUUGAUGGUGCAGAUGCAACAAGCAGACUGGAAACCACCACCUCUAUCUACGUUGACUUUGUGUCCACUCUACUGGAGCAUCACUGCCAGGGUUUGAGUCAGUCCGUCCCGACCCUCCUGAGGAGUCUGGGUCAGCUGGCAGAGAGAGGGAUGCUGGAACAACAAGUCCUGUUUGAUGAGAAAAGUGUGAAUGAAACUGUUUCAGACCCUGCUGGCAGCCCAGUCCUGUGCAAGGUCCUCUCUAAGAGAACAAUUUGCCAGGAGACGAUGUUCAGUUUCAUGCAUUGCAGCUUUCAGGAGUUCUUCACUGCUCUGUACUAUGUCCUUCUGGAUGAAGAAGAGUCUCAGAGGAAAGUGAGAGAGCUGCUUCACACUGUAGAGAGAGGGUGGGCUUUGUCCUGUUGGUCUGAUAGAGACUUUUCAAUGGCAGAUGUAGAAAUAAGACAUUCAAAGCUUCUGCAGCCUGUGAUUCUGUUUCUCUGUGGUCUCUGUAAGAAAGAAUGGAUCCCAUUCUUUAAAAAGUACAACAUGGCUGUCUCUAUCAACACAGAAACCCAGCUUAAGGAAUGGCUAAAUCAGUGCUCACAGAGAUAUCAAAAUGAACACAUGCUGUUCAUUCUCUAUUGUCUCUAUGAGCUACAUGAGAAGAGCUAUGUUGGAAAAGUUUUGGAACAUUUGGUUUCGAUAGAUCUGUCAAACAUUCCACUGAAAAAUGCAGACUGCUGGAUGUUGCAGUUUUGUUUACAGAACUGUGAUAACAUUAGCAAUCUGAGACUCAAUAUAACAUCUGACAAUCUGAAGAUUCUUCAGUCUGCACUGCACAGUUGUGAAGAGUUAUGGUUGAAGGUGGAUCACAUUACAGAUGAAGCUGGGGAUUUGAUCUCAGCGCUUGGUGAAGGAAAGAUUGUGAAAGAACUGAUAAUACAGAAUCAAAAAGGAUUGAAAUCUCUCAAGAAAACGACCAAAAGCUUCUGCCAAGAGAUUAUUGCAUCAGUUGAAAAUGAAGAUAUCACGCUCUGUGUUUGCUUCUCAAAAACAAGACCAUCAUCGUUAAUCUCAGAAUUAACUCUGACCUGUUUACGGCAAGAGAUUUCCACUGUCAACUGGAGAGUCUUCCUACAGAAACUCCACAGAUCACCAAGCUCUCCAGUUUCAUCAGUGGAUGAAUUCUUCCCUCUGGAUGUCCUGCAGUCUGUGUCUGGUUUAAAGAAAGUCCAUAUGCAGACAGACAGAUGGACUGUCAGAUGGAAUGUCACAAUCCUCUCCCUUGUCCAGGCCUUUCCCAGUCUGAACGAACUCAGGAUAAAUGCAACAGUUUCAUUUAUUCCAUUAAAGAUUAUACAGACCCUGAGGGAAUCACUGACACAGACAGGUUGGACCCUGACUGUCUGGAGGAAGUCAGUGUUGAUUGAGCGUGACAGGAAGAGUUUCACAGCUUCACAGUUGAAGACAAAGACAGAAAAUAUUGAGAGCAAAAGAGCUGAAUCACCUUCAGGACAAUCAUCUUCAGAUGAUGCAGAAGUGUUCACACCUGACCAUGUUCCAGAAGAUGAUGAGGACAAACACAAGAAUACAUACAGGUUUGUGUGUCCACAUGCUGGUCAGUUUCGUUGCAGUCUGACCAACCUUGUGUUUGUGAUGGAGGGUGAAGGGGAGGUGCUCUAUAAAACUGUCUCAUGGGAUCCUCGUCUGUUAGAUGGUUUGGGUCAGAUGCAGCCUGCAGGACCCUUGUACAACAUUGACUGUUUUCAUGGUUCAAUCUCAAGACUGCACCUUCCACACUGUGAAAUUUUUGAGGAAAACAAGGACAGUUUGGCUGUAGCACAUUUAACUGGUGAUAAUAUAGCAAUAAUGCAGCCUCUCCAAGUCACUGAAACUCAUGUGAUGAUUGACAUCAGAGAUCUCUCCAUCUUUGGGAACUUAAAAAGGAUGAUCUUUCCUCCUUCUCCUGUUUUUGCCCAAGUGCUUGUCUUUCUGCGUCCGAUAACUUUGAGACAGGGAGAAAACAUACUGGAUGUCCAUUUGCUACCGUGGAAUGUCCCACUGUCAGAGGCUUUUCCUCCCUCAAGGUCAAGGACCAGCACAUGGAGAGUACCCACAUUAAAACCAGUUCAAAAUGUUCUCUUACUCCGGGAACAGAAUACAGUCUGUUGUCAACCAGAGGGAUCUACAGUGCAACCGGAGACUGAUACGUUUGAGUGUAAUUUUGGUCCAAACUAUCAUCCCACAUUUGAAGUGUUUGUGAAUGUCAACAUUGAGGAGGUCAAGCUGAGUCUUUUGGAUAAAACUGAAGGAAAGGAAGUGUGGGUUCCACGACGAAUCCCUCUCACAGGUAAAGAUGCAGACCCUCCUGCUCACAAAAGGCUCACAGAAUCUAGUUUUGUGAACAAACACAGAGAUGAACUCAUUAAGAGAGUUUCAUCUGUGAUGGCAAUUGCUGAUGGUCUGAGGACUAAAGACAUGAUUCCAGAUGAAAUUUACAGUAAAGUUAGUGUUGCAGAAACAAGACAGGAGAAAACAAGACUCUUGUUGGAUGCUCUUGACUCAGGAGGAGCUUCUGUAAAAGCAGAAUUCUACAGACUGCUGAAGGAGAAGGAACCUUAUCUUGUAAAUGAUCUAGAGUCUGGACACAGUGGACUGCAGUAAUGCUAAAAAAAAAAAAAAAAAAAAACCCAGGAACUUGAGUUUGAGACAUAAAUGCCAGCUCCAGCGUUACAGUUUUUCACAAUUGCUAAGACACUAAACCCCAUUCUCUGAACCAAAUUCUCAAUAGUCUAAACCAGUUUGUCGAAUAAAUCACUUUUUCUGCAAAACCUUAAACAAGUUCAGGUAGUUAGACACUCUGUGCAAAUCUCAUGCAUUCUUUUUGCAAAACUCUAAACACAUUCUCACUCAUUAAAACAUUUCUCACUGUGAUGCACUUACGUUUCAAAACACUAAACACAGGCAAGCAAAAGUUAAACAACUACAACACAGUUGUCAUCCUUUACACACAACGACUCAAAAUUGUUCCCACUUGUUUCUAAUGAUGUGAUUAAACCAACUGUACGAAAUAUAGGCCAGUUCAGAGUGCACAGGUGACACAGGUGCACUGAAUGUUGAUAUGAACAAUGGAUUGAAACAAUCUGAAAAGUAGAGGAGGAAGAGUUUGUGUAAGAGGUGGUGGACGAGGAGGAAGAGAAUGAGGAUGAGGAAUAGCAAGGUGUGGAGAAUGUUGUCAAGGCUGGAUCCGGCACACCAGAGGGUUUUUCCUUUGCCUGGCAAGAGACAACAUUGCCUGUGAUGUGGACAAAGUCAGUAAUAUACAAUAUUAUUGAUCUGACUGCACUGACACUAUUGGAUGAGAACUGAACUGAGCUGGAUGAUGACAUCACUGCUUUAUAGAUGAAAAUAACUAAUUUAUGUAAUAAUUGAUGAUCUUUGCAAUGGAACAAUGACACUAUUUUCUUUUAGAGCUGCUGUACAGCCAAAAUAAACUCUCUUUGCAUUACUAACAGGCCCUUUUCACAAUGACGGCAGUUAACUUCCGCCUAUCCGCAAAGCAGUGGAUCUGUUGUUCCGUCUUACCUUCGCUCUGAAAGUAGCACAUCCACAUAUAAUACUCCGAAGAAUUAAUGGUGGGAAGAUUUUAGAUCAUUUUACAUCAUACCAGUGUAAACUGAACUGGUGCAAUAUAUUAAGAUUGUAUAAUUUGUAAGAAGUGUAUUGAAAAUACAAAAUGAAAGUAUGUGUUCAUUUAAUGCUGCUAUAACAAUGAGUACUGUUGUAAAUCCUCUGUAUAUUUUUGUAUGUCGAAUACAAAAAGUCUUGUUCUACAAUAAAGAGACGAAUGAUGA